UUCGGUGAACCACUAUGUAGAGGACCACACAAUACGACUACAUUGCUGUAUCCUUACCUCAGCUCUCCACGGUCACUCCAUCUCUUUUAUAAAGGCGAGUUGAACACCGAAUUCGAAACAAUCGAUCGUAGCGGAAGAGAGAGAAGGAUAACCAUCUUAAUUUUGCCAAGAUUAAACUAUUUGAAGAAGUUCUCUAAUUCUGUUUACAAUUUCGAAUUUGAGCAUAUUUCGUUGAUUUCAUCCCGGACGUGCUCAGAAAGCACAUCUGCAAGGCAAUGUAGUGGAUGUUUGGGACUUUGCCGUAACUCCUAGAGGCGACUCACGGUGUGCAGCUUGGAAUGUGGAAAUUGCAGAACAGGCUGCGGCUCCAGAGAGCGUUUCUCCCAUGUUUGGCACCGGGAAUCCUGAACGCAUAAAGCUCUUUCACCUUGGAAGGAAAGCACAAUCUUCCAGGCAGAUGUGUUCCAGAAGAGAUUUAUGAAAAGCACCCCAGGGGAAACAAUAAUGGAGGGACAGGUAGAAGAAAAGAAUGUUGCCUUUCACAAAAAUGGCACAGAAUCUACCAAGAAGAAUGGCCUCAUUAACACUCGAAACCUCAUGGUGGAGACUAAGGAUGGGCUGGUGUCUGUGUACUCAGCACCGCAGUACCAAGGACAUGUGGUUGUCAACCUGCCACCACAGAACUCUGUGGAGAGCAACAAGAGCAGCCCCACUCCACAGCUCCUGAAUCCCAGCACUCUCCCCCAGUCUGUGGAUUCACAUUAUCGACCCAACAUCAUUCUGUACUCUGAGAACAUGCUGAAAUCCUGGAGUGAGAGCAUGGGCACAGAGUGCUGUGAAACCACCUUCAUCGAAGACCUGUCUCCCACCACAGACGGCCUAGUUUUCACAGAGGGCAAGUUUUUGGACCUCUCUGCCGAAGAUGCUAAAAUACAAACGCUGUCUUACGAUAUCGACGACGACGACGAGUUUCAGGAGCUGGAGAGUGAUUAUUCUAGUGACACAGAAAGCGAGGACAAUUUUCUCAUGAUGCCUCCAAGGGAUCAUCUGGGCCUGAGCGUCUUCUCCAUGCUUUGCUGUUUCUGGCCCCUUGGAAUAGCAGCAUUUUAUUUAUCGCAUGAGACGAACAAGGCAGUGGCCAAAGGAGACUUUCACCAGGCAAGCUCCAGCUCCAGACGAGCCCUGUUCUUGGCUGUGCUGUCCAUCACCAUCGGAACUGGCAUUUAUGUUGGAGUGGCCGUGGCCCUCAUAGCUUACCUUUCAAAGAACAAUCACUUAUAGCUCCCUGUGUCUGGCAAGGAGCUGCGACAACUACAGGGAUGCACAGGGCAGGACCUGGGAGCACCUGGAAUAAUAUAACCCAGCAUAUCUCAUUUCAGGCAACCCGCUAGAAGUCAAAGCAAAUGUGGGCCUGACAAAUAGGCCUCAGAGGUUAGAAAAGAACAAGAGAAAGUUCUUCACUGUGGUUUUGUCUUUAUUUUAAUGACUAAGGACCUCCCAGUCCUCGAGUAGUGGGUUCCUGAAGAUCUUAGAGGUACCUCUCAUUUCAAGUGUGAUUGGGACCUGGAAAUCACACAUUUAUGAUUUUGAACUAGCUCAAAUAAGCCGUUAAGGCCUGAGAUGGAACACAUCCUGGAAAAAAAAUUUGUUGCUCCAGGACAGAAGCCCACUACCCCUGCUAUAGGCAAAGGAAGUUGGUGUCUGUUUCUGCUACUGAAUUUUUAUGGGAGAUGAAUUCAAUUUAUCAAGGCCGCAGAGACCUAAUAUGGAUGGGCCGUUAAGAAAUCAAAAAUUAAAAGCAUGCAGAGGUUACCUGUUUACUUUAUAUUAAAAGCUCUUCAAAUGUACAUCUGGUAGACCUCAAAUCAAUUUCUUAUACAGAAUACUCAAAGGAAUGGUUUUGCACCUGAGGCAAAAUCAAUGGUUCAGAACUCUGUCAACGCCUUUUUAAUUUCUAGAAUCUAGACAUUAUUUCUCUCUGUUCCUUGAAAGCUGCCGCAUCUACAGUAACUGUAUCCUUGAAGCUUUUCACAUCAUCUUGGCCAAGGACCAGGAGUGUAAACAGGUGGUGAAACAGAGGGGCAAAACAAAUUUUAUGGACACCCCUUUAAGUAGUCAUUUUAUCUGCAAAGCCUGUUCUAUAGCCAGGGCACAUUUGCAUUUCUAGUGGCAGAUGAGACCAUGAAAAACACACCUCCUGCCUCCUGUGUGGGAAACAGAAGUCUUUAAGGAAAAGAGAUAAGAGAUAGUAAAAGUAAGUUUUCAUGACUUCUGGGAAAAAUGUAACGGACAGAAAGUCUUUAAAUGUAAAUUGACUUCAAUGAAAUUAGUUCUGUUUUCAAGUGUGUGCACUUCUUAAAUGUAAAAGUGCUGUAUCCAGCAGAUGUACAAUACGGAUGUAGUACAAUAGGUCAUAUACAGUAGGAUUAAGUCAUGGAUUCAUCAAAACAUCACAUUGUACACUUGCUUCUACUUGCUAAUAGAAUCCUUUACAUUACAGGAUGCAAAUAAGCUUGUAUCAGAAGCAAGCACAAAUUAAUAGACUGAAUUCUCUGAAGGAAAAUAAAACAUUGUAAAUACAAUGUAGUCAUCUACAGAUUUAUAUAUACACUAAAACGGUGUAUGUGAAGUGACAAACUGUAAUGUCCUCUUUUCAAUUCUGCUUUCUCCUGAACAGUGUGCAAGACAUUUUUGUUAAACUACCCUAAAUAUUUAGUACCAACCACUAACUUUUAAUUUACAGUUAUUGCAAUGUCUGUGGACAUGUUUCCAUUUUAAAAUGUAAGAUUUCAAAUAAAGCCCUGUAUUUCCCAUAGAUAUUUGCUCAUGUUGGUACGGUUACAUUCUAUGGCAAAGUCACAACUCUUUAAUGAGACCUUUGUUUCUCGCAGUGGAAAAUUUAACUGGUGUGAGACGAACCAGACAGGCACUGCACAAAUCUAAUCACCUGUUUGGGGUUACUGACAAGCUUCAAUGAGCUUGAAGAAGGCAGACAUCUAAACCUUUGAAGAUUCCUUCCAUUUCCAUCCUAUCAAACUGCUGAUCUGAGUACAAGUGGAGAUUGCUCCUUGAAGUUUUUUUAACAAUUCAGAAUGUCAGAACAAUCUUUAAUGCUCGAAAGUUGUCAUCUCAGCAGAGCAGAGGCAGCCAGAGAGUUAGUGCCCCAUGUGCAGUUCAUCCCUAGCCAGGAUCAGUUUGGCCAGAGAUGUGUCUCAUGUCUUCUGUGCCACACAAAACCAUUCAGCACACAGGCAGGAGAACAAAUCUGCGGAGCCAAAAUUUCCUAAGACCAAAUGGGUUAUCAAUGCCAAGCUCCAGAGAGUGAUGUCACCAUCACAGGCUCACGCUACGCGAGUCCAGAUACACUGGCACCGAGGCUGAGCUAAACCUUGUGCUGUGAAACAUCUGCUAAUAAGCUUCAUGGGGUGGACAGAAAGGCUGACGUCUUGUCUCUUGUUCAAAUACAGUAUGGGUCAUCUCAGUCCUGUAUACAAACCAUCUUUUUAUUCCUCCUAAAUUGGAAAGAAGCUAGCAGCAAAAAUAAAUUAGGGACCUCCCAACAACGCAGCAAAGUAGUGAAAGCAAAUCUUCAAUUAAUUAUAUUGAUCAUGUAAGACAUGAUAAAAAAAACAUUUUACAAUACUGUUUUUAAGUAUGCAUUUCUUAACAUGACAGCAACUUUACAAAUCACCCACACCACACCUACCAUGGGCUCUGCUGGGACAUAGCCAAGCUGAAUAAACAAAACUUUCUUUAAUGAUUUUCUUUUUUAGUGAUGCAUUUGGAAACAAUAUUCACUCUUUAUUAACAAUCAUAACACAUUUUAUGUCUUGUCAGAGAAGAAACAUCUUCACACAGAUCACUGUUGUUAAUCUAAUUGACUUCUGCACAUACUUGUACCUGAUUUAUUUGUUAUUGUGUUGACUGCAAUGAUUGUAUUGAGCCAAAUACAGAGAUUGUAUGUACUUGGUUACACUUGUACUUAUUUUAAAAAUUAAAUAUAAAACAUGAAUUAAAAAAUAAGCAGACCAUAGUUUUUUCAAAAAUGUUUGACUUCAUUUGAGAAAUGGAAUGAUCCUUCUGGUUUGGUCCAUGCAAACAUUUUUGCAGUGUAACCUAGAAUUAAGAAUGUAACCAAUAAAUGUGACUUUGAUAUUAUCCCUUAACUUUAAA